GCAAUGGCAUAUCAUUAUCAAGUCAAAUCUGUCAAUUCUGUCAUCACACACGACCGUAUACCGAAGAAGAAAAAUUCGCAUAUUGUUGCGAUAUUUUCAAUUUAACUAUGAAGACGGUAGAUGAAUUAGAGAAAGAAGUAAAAAAUGUGGACAGAGAACUCUCCAAAGUUGAAUCUGAAAUAGCAAAACUGAAAAAUCAACAACGACAACUGCACGAAAAGAAAACUACGCUCAAGAAUUCAAUAAACAAAAUUAAAUCUGAGAGUUUGGCGAGCGUCGACUGGGCUGGGAAGAGCUAUGAAUGGUCAGAAGAUGUAAAGGACACUCUACACAAUAUUUUCAAGCUGAAAUCAUUUAGAUCGAAUCAGUUGAGUGCGAUAAAUUGCACUCUUUCGGGGCAGCAUGCAAUCGUCGUCAUGCCGACGGGAGCCGGCAAAAGUUUAUGCUAUCAGCUGCCGGCGCUAGUCAAGCCCGGCAUUACCAUAGUCUGCUCCCCUCUAGUAUCCUUGAUGGAAGACCAGGUAAGAUCUUUAACCAAAAAAGAUAUACCUGCAAAACUUAUUACAAGCACCUCUUCCAAAGAAGAAUCAAACGCAGCUUUGAACAUACUAAAUAAAAAUUCGCCUAUUAAACUGCUCUAUGUGACACCAGAAAGGUUUGCCAAAAGCAAAAGAUUUAUGGCAAAUUUGCAGAAAUGCUUUGCAGAUGGAAGAUUGCAGAGGAUAGCAAUAGAUGAGGUACAUUGCUGUUCCCAGUGGGGACAUGAUUUUAGGCCAGACUACAAAUUCCUUGGGAUAUUGUCUAACAUGUUCCCUAAAGUUCCCAUAUUAGGUUUAACAGCUACUGCAACUGCCCAUGUUCUAACUGAUGUCCAAAAAAUCCUCAACAUUCCUGGUUGCCUGGUUAUCAAGUCCACUUUUAACAGGCCUAACUUGUUCUACAAAAUUUUAGAAAAACCAACAUCACAGGAGGAGUGCUUGAAUAUCCUAGAAAAACUCAUCAAAUACAGGUAUAAAGGAGAAAGUGGUAUAGUGUACACACACAGUAUCAAAGAUUGUGAAGAAAUUGCCAUGGGAUUAAGAAAGAGAGGUUUGAAAGUUGCCUGUUACCAUGCUAACUUAGAGGCAGACACCAGAUCUAAAGUCCACACAAAAUGGCAUGACAAGCACUACCAAGCUAUAGUAGCUACAGUAGCUUUUGGAAUGGGGAUAGAUAAGCCAGAUGUCAGAUUUGUAAUUCACCACACAAUAAGCAAAUCCAUGGAGAAUUAUUACCAAGAGAGUGGAAGGGCAGGUAGAGACAGCACUAGAGCUGAGUGUGUGACUUUGUAUAGAUUGCAGGAUGUUUUCAAAGUUAGCACAAUGGUAUUCUCAUCAGUUGGAAGCUUAGAUCACCUCUAUGGCAUGGUAAAAUAUUGCCUUAAUGGAAUAUUAUGCAGAAGGCAGUUGAUCGCUGAACAUUUUGAUGAAGACUGGGGCAAUGCAGACUGCAACAAAAUGUGUGAUGUUUGUGCAAAUCCCAAUUCUAAUGUCAAAGAAAUAAAUCUUGAACUGCAUUGCAGAACUUUGGCUAGCAUUAUUGACAAUGCUGAUAAGCAAGACACAAAAUUGACUGCCCAAAAGUUGCUUGAUGCCUGGUUUUUGAAAGGACCAGUAAAUUUAAGGCAUAAGGGUAAGGAACCCAACUUAUCCCGUAACUUAGGAGAAGAUGUUAUUGCUUAUUUGUUGGUAGAAAACUACCUUGUGGAAGACUUCCAUUUCACAGCAUAUUCUACAAUCAGCUACUUAAAGAAAGGUCCUAACAUUGAUCUCGUGCAGGACCCAGAAUUUGUUAUAAAAAUGCCUGUUAGAAAGUAUUCUAGCUUUGAAUUAGACAGGCCAGCUCCAAGUGAAUUUGAAAAUAAUGGCACAGAACUAAAAGAAAAAGAGGUGCACAAGAAAAGGAAAUCACACUCAAAUGAUGCAUCACACUCAAAGAAAACAAAGACAAUUUUAAUAGAUGAUGAUGAUGAUUAGAUAGGUGUGAUAAUGAUUAAAAUAAGUAUUGUUUUAUAA